AUCAAAUGGGAAACGGUUUUAUAGACCAGUUGAGAGAGACGAGCCUAAGGAGUCACACCCGUUCGAAUCUCGCAGAACCUACUCUUCAGUCCCAGUUUUACCUCGAAGAAUCCUUACUUAUCGACCAUGCGAGAAAUCGUGCACAUCCAAGCGGGCCAAUGCGGCAAUCAGAUCGGCGCCAAAUUUUGGGAGAUCAUCUCCGACGAGCACGGCGUGGACCCCACGGGCACCUACCAGGGCGAUUCCGAUUUGCAAUUGGAGCGCAUCAACGUGUACUACAAUGAAGCUUCCGGCGGCAAAUACGUGCCCAGAGCCGUGUUGGUGGACUUGGAGCCCGGCACCAUGGACUCUGUGCGGUCCGGACCUUACGGCCAGAUCUUCCGUCCCGACAAUUUCGUCUUCGGCCAGUCAGGAGCCGGCAACAAUUGGGCCAAGGGCCAUUACACAGAAGGUGCUGAGCUUGUCGAUGCCGUUGUGGACGUGGUUCGCAAAGAGGCCGAAUCUGCCGAUUGCAUUCAGGGAUUCCAGUUGACCCAUUCAUUGGGUGGUGGAACCGGAUCGGGUUUGGGCACACUGCUCAUCUCGAAGAUCCGCGAAGAGUACCCCGAUCGCAUCAUGAACACCUACUCCGUUGUUCCUUCCCCCAAGGUGUCUGACACCGUGGUGGAACCCUACAAUGCCACCCUUUCCGUACAUCAGCUCGUCGAGAAUACCGACGAGACCUUUUGUAUCGAUAACGAGGCUCUGUACGACAUCUGCUUCCGCACAUUGAAGCUCACCACCCCCACCUACGGUGACUUGAACCAUCUCGUGUCCCUGACCAUGUCCGGUGUCACCACUUGUCUUCGUUUCCCCGGUCAGUUGAACGCUGAUCUUCGCAAAUUGGCCGUCAACAUGGUGCCUUUCCCUCGUCUGCAUUUCUUCAUGCCCGGUUUCGCUCCUUUGACUUCCCGUGGCAGUCAACAGUAUCGCGCUUUGUCAGUGCCCGAAUUGACCCAACAAAUGUUCGACGCUAAGAACAUGAUGGUCGCUUGCGAUCCUCGCCACGGUCGUUAUCUGACCGUGGCUGCCGUCUUCCGUGGCCGCAUGUCCAUGAAGGAGGUGGACGAACAGAUGUUGAACAUCCAGAACAAGAACAGUUCAUAUUUCGUCGAGUGGAUCCCGAACAACAUCAAGACGGCCGUUUGUGACAUUCCCCCUCGUGGUCUGAAGAUGGCCGCUACCUUUAUCGGUAACUCGACCUCGAUCCAAGAGGUGUUCAAGCGCAUUUCCGAACAAUUUACUGCCAUGUUUCGUCGCAAAGCUUUCUUGCAUUGGUACACUGGCGAGGGCAUGGACGAGAUGGAAUUCACCGAAGCAGAGUCCAACAUGAAUGAUCUGGUCAGCGAAUACCAACAGUACCAGGAGGCCACUGCAGAAGACGAGGGCGAAUUCGAUGAGGAAGAGGAAGACCAAGAAUACGCUUAAAGCGAGUUCUUGUAACAAUGCUUGUCAUUUAACUAACUCUUUCUUCACGUACUAUCUAUCCAAGAAGAAUUAUUAACACGUAUUCUUAGUCUCACCCAGCCAUCCAUCCUCCUCCCCUUAUUGACUUUCGAAGCCGUCAACUGAACCCGUCUAAAUUCUGCUUCAAAUAAAUAUAUUCGAUUUUGAGCCCAA